AUGCCUUCAGGACAAAGGGAGACCACUGUUUCAAUGCCGCUAACUCCUUCCCGGUCAGAUUUAUAUUGGCGGAGAAUAUUCGAAAAGUACGACAAAGACAACGAUGGCCGCAUCUCUUAUGUGGAGCUCAGAGACAUCAUCGAAUCGAGGGAGUACGACCAGGAUCUCCCUGACAACCUAGUGGAUAAGAUCAUGAUAUUGGCUGACAGCGAUAAUUCGGGAUAUCUGGACUUCAGAGAGUUUGUUGAAAUGAUGCAUCACCCAGAUCUGAAAGCUGUGUUCGGUCACUUUGUAGCCAGAUAUGUUCACUCUAUUAUACCUCAGCGAAGACCUGUUGACACAACUGACAGGUGGACAGGUUUCCGGUCUGUGUCGAGAACUGAUCGUGACCAUAGCAAAAGUAUCUUCACCUACACAGACGGUACCUACGAAGAAGAAUACAGUUGCUGGCCUCCUGCUAUCUGUAUGAUUAUCAUCUCGUUGGUGGAGAUCAUCCUGUUUUGUUACGAUGCUGCUAAAGGGCACACAGAUGCCAAUGGAACAAUAGCAAAAUUAUUUAUCUACAAUCCUCACAAGAGACACGAGGCUUGGCGGUUUCUUACGUAUAUGCUGGUUCAUGUGGGAGUGGUACAUUUAGUAGUGAAUCUGCUAGUUCAACUUUUCCUGGGAGUUCCACUGGAGAUGGUGCAUCGAUGGUGGCGCGUUGUACUAGUUUACUUAGCUGGAGUGGCAGCUGGUUCUCUCGCGACAAGUCUUACUGACCCCAAAGUCUACUUAGCGGGGGCUUCUGGAGGAGUUUAUGCUUUAAUCGCCGCUCACAUCGCCACUAUUAUUAUGAACUGGUCUGAAAUGGAAUUCGCGAUAAUUCAGCUAUUGGUCUUCUUGCUACUCGCUGCCGUGGACAUCGGAACGGCGGUGUAUGACCGCUACUGGCAACAUACUACACAGAACAUUGGAUAUGUUGCACAUUUGGCUGGUGCUAUUGCCGGCUUACUAGUAGGAAUUGGUGUUUUAAGAAAUUUAGAGAAGAGAAAAUGGGAGAAACGGCUUUGGUGGGCGGCGGUGCUGAUCUACUGCUGUCUCAUGAUCGGCGGUAUUCUAGCUAACAUCUUUUGGACUGAACGAUUUAUGGAACGAAAGCCCUAA